GGCGAUUCACUUUAUCAGCAUGAAUCCAUCGACCCCUCUAGACGUGUGCAGCCCGUUCUGCCACAUUGUGCAACGCCUGGUAACAGUUUUAUCACCUCAGUGGGACGAGAGCAAAGUAAACUCUGCUGCAUGUUGACACAAAGUUGAAAACCUCUUUAUUUCCAGGAACUUCCACCACAGGACGUUUUCUCUCUGUCCGGGAACACAGAGGCUGGUCGGUGUGGUUCUGUGUCUCUGCUGCCCCCUAGCGGCCAGAGAAGCCUCGUGCUGUUUGGUGAGAUGGGAUUUUCCACCAGUUUGUUUUGUCACAGUAAUUCACAGAUCUUUAUUUACAAAUUAGACAUAUUUAUAAGGCUGAUAUUCAUCAAUGGUUUUGUUAAAUUCAGUGCAGAUCCGAAGUUUUAAUACACAUGAGAGAUUAAAGUUGUCACAUUUGUACUUUGCACAAGGUCAAGUUUCCAUUCUCUGACUUUUUGUUCAUUAUAUUUGUUACAAAAUUACAGAAAGUAAAUAUAGAUGUUGAGGAAAAGUCAGAUGAGUCACUAUGAAGAUAUUUGGACUCUUGACAAGAUGUGAAACAGCUCCAUCUUCAUCCUGCUGGUUAAUAAUCACGAUCAUUUCAGUUCUCAGUCUACGUGGCUUAAACCUACAAAGGAUUUGGAUCUGAUAUAAUCUGACAGGACAGGUCGCACACUUGUUCUAGGUCACACACACACACACACACACACACACACACACACACACACAGACGAGCUGCGAACCUUCAUCUGUGUUACAUGCAUGGACGAGCCUGUGUCUGCUCCUGAACGUGAGGAGGUUAUUCAGGGAGUCUUCCUCAGACCUUCCUCCUCCUGGUUCCUCUGAGCUCUGGAGGCCGUGGAGAUGGAGAUGCGACACCAGCACCGAGCUGUCAUCUCAACACCUCACACAUGGCGAACAAAUCUAUACCAGGCAAAUCUCCGUGGCCUCCUGAGGUUCCUCCUGGUUCUCCUGGGCCUGCUCCCCCCCCCUGUUCAGGCGGCCUGGUUCAGGGUCGGGUUGGUGGGGCCGUGGGGAUGUGACCCUCUGUUUGCCAAGGCCCUUCCCAACGUGGCAGCGCAGCUCGCCGUCAACCGCAUCAACAGGGACCCGUCCCUGUCCUACGCUGCCACGUUUGAUUUCACCGUGCUGCAGGAGCCGUGUGAGACCUCCAGAGCACUGGAGGCGUUCCUGGGUUUCCACGGCAAGGCCUCGGGGUACAUCGGGCCGGUCAACCCCGGCUACUGUGACGCUGCAUCCAUGCUGAGCAAAGGCUGGAACAAAGCUUUGUUCCCUUGGGGCUGUGAUGGCUACGAGGUGGAUGACGUCCGGAGCCACCCGACCUUCGCCCGCUCCAUGGCGAGGCCCACGUGGGUGCUGCUCAGCAUCAUGCGUUACUUCAGGUGGGCGCACGUCGCCAUCAUCUCCUCCACGGACGGCAUCUGGAUGGAGACGGCCACCAAGGUCGCUGAUUCGCUGAGAAGCCACGGCCUGCCGGUCAGACUGGUCAGCUUCAUGGAGAACACUCCUCACGGCAUCAGGCGAACCCUGGCCAAGGUUCGAAAGAUGAGUGAAAUACGAGUCGUGGUCCUGUGCAUGCACUCGGCGCUGAUCGGCGGCACCGUCCAGAAGCUCCUGCUGGAGACGGCCUACGACAUGAAGAUGAUCGACGGCUCUCUGGUCUUUGUGCCGUACGACACGUUGCUCUACAGCCUCCCCUACCGCAACGUCACCUACCCGGCUCUGCAGAGCAACAGCAAGCUGCUGAGGGCCUACGACGCCGUGCUGACCGUCACCAUCGAGUCACCCCGCACCUCCUUCUACGAGGCCUACAGGGAGGCCAUGGAGACAGGGGAGGUGGCGAGGACGCUGGAGCCACAGCAGGUGUCUCCGCUCUUCGGGACCAUCUACAGCUCCGUCCUCUUCAUGGCUCACGCGGUGCAUCGGGUUCGGCAGUCGGGGGAGUGGAUGUCUGGGGGCAACCUGGCGAGACACACCCACAAUCUGGCCUUUCAGGGGUUCAGUCACCAGAUUAAAACCAACGACUCCGGAGCAGCUCUGCUGGAAUAUCUCAUCCUGGACACAGACGGUCUCUCCUGGGAGCUGAAGCCAGUGUACAGGAUCGACAUGGAGGGCGGGAUGGUGCGGUUCCUGGGUCGAGACAUCCACUUCCCCCGAGGCUACGGACCCAGAAGAGACUCCUCCUGCUGGUUCACUCCUGGAGUCAUCUGCUCGGGGGGUGUGGAUCUUCUCACCACCAUCAGGAUGUUCCUCGGAGCGAUCGUCUUCUCUGUCGUCUCUGUGGCAUUGAUUUACUGCGUCAGGCGACGCAUCAAUCAGAUUCUUCUGGUCAAGGGUCCAAACAAGAUCUUACUGACGCUGGCAGAUGUCACAUUCAUCAACCCUUCGCUCAGCAACAAGAAGCUGAGUCGGGACGACAGCCGAGCCAGUGGCAUGAGGAGCGGGUCGGACCGAAGCGUCGUCUCACCGGUGUCCAGCGUGACCCCGGCCACAUAUGAGAACUCCAACGUGGUCAUUUACGAGGGUGACUGGGCUUGGCUGAAGAGACUCCCUGAUGGGACGUUCAGCAGAAUCAACACCAAAACCAGUGACGUGUUUGAACUGAUGAAGGACAUGCGUCACGAGAACGUGAACCCCUUCCUGGGCUUCUUUCACGACUGUGGCGUGUUCGCCAUCGUGACGGAGUUCUGCUCCAGAGGAAGCCUGGAGGACCUGCUGCUGAACGACGACGUGAAGCUGGACUGGAUGUUCAAGUCCUCUCUGCUGCUGGAUCUCAUCAAGGGUAUGAAGUACCUCCACCACCGCGGAGUGUCCCACGCUCGUCUGAAGUCCGGGAACUGUGUGGUGGACGGACGCUUUGUCCUGAAGAUCACAGACUUCGGUUACAACGAGGUUCUGGAGUCUCAGAGGUUCCCUUACAUCGACCCCCCCGCAGAGGAGCUGCUGUGGACGGCUCCAGAGAUCCUGAGGAGCGGGCAGCCGGGGCUUCACGGGACUCUGACCGGUGACGUCUUCAGCUUCUCCAUCAUCAUGCAGGAGGUGGUGAUCAGAGGACCUCCCUUCUGCAUGCUGGACCUCUCCGCUGCAGACAUCAUCGAGAAGCUCUGUAAGCCUCCUCCUCUGUGCCGCCCGGUGGUCAGUCCGGACUAUGCUCCGUUAGAAUGCAUCCAGCUGAUGAAGCGGUGCUGGAACGAGCAGCCGGAGAAGAGGCCCAGCUUCGAGGAGAUCUUUGACCAGUUCAAAGACAUCAACAAGGGGAAGAAGACCAACAUCAUUGACUCCAUGCUGCGGAUGCUGGAGCAGUAUUCUUCUAACCUGGAGGAGCUGAUCCGAGAGCGGACGGAGGAGCUGGAGAUCGAGAAGCAGAAGACGGAGAAGCUGCUGACCCAGAUGCUUCCUCCAUCUGUGGCAGAAGUUUUGAAGGUGGGCGGCACAGUGGAACCAGAGCACUUUGACCAGGUGACGCUUUACUUCAGCGACAUCGUGGGGUUCACCACCAUCUCAGCCAACAGCGAGCCCAUCGAGGUGGUGGACCUGCUCAACGACCUCUACACCAUCUUCGACGCAAUCAUUGGAAACCACGAUGUCUACAAGGUGGAGACGAUAGGUGAUGCCUACAUGGUGGCGUCGGGACUUCCUGUCCCCAACGACAACCGUCACGCUGCCGAAAUAGCGAACAUGGCCCUGGACAUCCUGAGCGCGGUGGGAACCUUCAAGAUGAGACACAUGCCGGAUGUUCCCGUCAGGAUACGAAUCGGACUGCACACCGGUCCGUGUGUAGCCGGGGUGGUGGGUCUGACCAUGCCUCGCUACUGUCUGUUUGGAGACACGGUGACCACUGCCUCUCGUAUGGAGUCCAGCGGGUUGCCCUGCAGGAUCCAUGUCCACGAGAGCACCGUGAAGGUCCUGAGGGAUCUAAAGCUCGGCUACAAGUGGGAAUUAAGAGGAAGGACAGAUGUCAAGGGGAAAGUUGCGGAGGAGACCUUCUGGCUCCUAGGGAGAGACGGGUUCACCAAACCUCUGCCUGUUCCUCCUGAAGUCAAAACUGGCGUCAAAGCAAAGAAGUCCAGGGACGGGAAGCAGGUGUUUCAAGAGGCUGUGAAGAAGAGCUCUCACGACGUGACGAAGGUCAACGCAGUCGAAGACGAGGAAAACAUCAUGAUGUCUCCCCACUGACUGACCUGUGGGUCACAUGUUCACCUGGACGGGACCAAACAUGCAACUUCACAUCAGGACUUUGACAGAGAGAACUCCUACAGAGAUCAUCCUCUGAGAAGAGUUAGCAGCAGCAGGAGUGUGUGUGUGUGUGUGUGUGUGUGUGUGUGUGUGUGUGUGUGUGUCUGUGUCUGUGUGUGUGUUGAAGUGACGAGAUGAAGUCCUGUCUGGAGCUAUGUAUAGAGGCGAUGACUCAGCAAAGCAGGGAUCUGCAGAAACCGCCCGUCAGCAGCCGAGGAGCGACGCUAAUCUUCAGUUCAUUUCCUCCUCCUCCACUUCCCUGAGUCUCCGUCUGAAGGGGGGAGGAAACAAGGAAAUGAGAGAGGAGGGAAGCAGACUGAGGAGAGAAGGAGAGGUGAGAGGAAGGAGGGUGAAGGAGGAUAAAUGACCAUCUCAUGCUUUCACCACCUUGUCUUUGCUCUUCAUCGUCCAUCCAUGAAUUUGGCUGAUUGGAUCUGAUAUUCUACAUUAAACACAUACUCCAUACUGGUUUACUAUAACUAAUAAUAUAAUUUGUCUUUUAUUCUUUCAUCAGAAUCUUGUGUAGUUCAGCUGUGAAGACGAAUUUAUUCACUACUGAGUGAUUGCAGCUCUGUUUUAAUGUGUUUAUCUGUAUCUGUGUUGAUAUAAAUGAUUCAGUUACUUAAUAUCAUCAGCUUUACUUUUAUUUUAUCCUCAUAAGAGAACAAUUUUCCUAAAUGUAGGAAAUUUGACAAUUUUCUGUCAAUAGCUUCAUUUUUCCAUAAAGUUUGUUUGAAGAGGAUUUAGGAAAAGUUUCUCCUCCAACUUUUUAAUGUGAAUUAAAACAACCCCUUAACGCCCUCUAGUGGUCAAAUACAAAAUAAUCUCAGAUUUAUUCAAACUACAGAUGGCAACCUGGAAACUCCGCGGGAUUAUCCCCGUUGAUCCUGUGUGUGUGUGUGUGUGUGUGUGUGUGUGUGUGUGUGUGUGUGUGUGUGUGUGUGUGUGUGUGUCCGUGUGUGUGCGUGUGCGUGUCCAUUGAAAAUCCUUAAACUGACAGGGAGCUUACCACACUCUCUCACUGUGUAGAUAACAGACUCAUACUCCAACGAAACUUUACAUGUAACCUGAUUUACUCUAUAAUUUAUGUGUAAUAAAAUAAAAUGAUCUUCUAAUCUUAAACAAACUUUACAUUCAAAUGAUUUUCAAGAGCGGAAACGAAGAUACCUUUUGGAUUCUGUCUUAUUCACGACUCUCAGUGGUUAUACCCCCUGUGGCUAUAAGUCUACACACAGAUGUUUCAUUAAGCCCUUUACAAUAAUGGAAGGGUUGUUGGGUUUUAAUUGACAAUUCAUAUUAAUUAACUAACUAAUCAACAAAUGAAUAUGAAUUAGU